GAGGUAAAAUCAAGGCCUGCAUUACGACUUUCCGUGAUAUUUUUUUCCCCCCAACUGAAGCCUUCAAACAUCUUAUUGAUAUUUGGUGGAGGGAAUCAUCUUCAAUUUAGUGGAAAGAUACUAAGGGUUUGUAUUCCGCUAAAAUUGCUCAAAUUUGAACAGGCCUUGAGCGUUUGCAUUCGGUAAAAAUCGCUUCCGGGUGCAGGGGAUCAUCUUCAAUUUAGUUGAAAAGAUUGAAGGUAUGUAUUCUGCCAAAAUUGCUCUGAUUUGCACAGCGCCUUAAGCCUUUGCAUUCAGUAAAAUGGAUCUUUGAUAGAAGUUUUUCCAAAACAAAUUUGUGAACAGCAAUUUUUGAAGAAUUCAAUUCAAAUUGUUUUGAUUGAUGGAUUCAUCCCACUCUCAUGAUGGUCUAGAGGUUAUAAAGAAGCUGGUUGGAGCUCUAGCAGAUGAGUCAGCUAAGGUCAGAGAAGCUGCAAUGGCUUCUUUACAGCAAAAUGCCUAUUUUAAUUCAAUACCCAUAUUCGACUGUUGUACUCAAGUACUGGUCCGAGGUGGAAGAAGACCGUCUAGUCAUGUUCCAGAAGUUUAUCAAAUUAUGGCAUUCACUGUUAGUGUGAUGAAUGAAACAGAAGCCGAUGCUGAUCUCAUGAACGCAUUAACCAAACUUGCAGCAUCUCAAAUUACCACUAAUUAUAAGGGCAAUUUAGAUGGUGGUGUACAAGAGGCUGCAUGUAGUUUACUUGUUGCAAUAGGCACACGCCUGCCUGAUCUCAUGUUGCAACAAGUCUUUCUUCACCUAUCUACUAGAACUUCUGUUGUCGACAUGGUGCAAACACUUGCAGAAUUUGCAUCUGCACAGCCGUCAAAAUUUACCCCACGUUUGAAAGAUGUUCUUUCACAAGUUUCGCCUCUUCUUAGAAAGACAACGGAUGCUCAACGCCCCAUUUUUGCAAAUGCAAUCAAAUGCUGGUGUGAAGCAGCCUUGCAGUACUAUGCAGACUUUCCGUCAGCUCCACCAUUUGGCAGUGAUGUUCAGGUUCAUCUGCAUUCUACAUUUGAUUUAUUACUUGAUGUUUGGGCCACUUCUGGUAAGCUUAAAGUGGCCUUAUCAGCAAUUGAUUCUUUGGGAAAGAUGGCAGCGCUUAUCAGCAAGUCACAUUUAAAGGCGGUAUUUUCCAGACUGCUUCCUGUAAUAUUAGGAUUGUACAAAAGAGUCGAGAAUGAGAGCAAUGCAUACAUGGUAACGCUCACCCUACAUAAUCUUCUUGAUGCAUCGCUAAUGUCAGCCAGCGGGCCCCCAAUCCUGGAUUUUAAGGAUGUUAUUGUUGUUAUGAAUACUCUUCUUCCUUUGGUCACUGCUUUUCCUGUUACUAAUGAUGCUGAAUUUGGAGCAGCACUGAAGAAUUACAACAAGAUGGUGCAGUGCUUUCUUACUGUAGGGUUAUCAUACCCCCCUGAUCUAUUCACUUUCCUUAUAGGCAAAAUAACUUGUCAAGAGAAAAAUGCUAUUUCUCUCAAGGUGGAGGCACUCUGUGUUGUGAAGCAUCUGUUAUCCUGGUUGUGUAAAUCUUGGCAUGGAAGUAGACAAUAUCUUAUUGCAGUUGUGAUAUCACUGCUGAAUGAGCAGGAUCUGAGCAUUCGGAAGCGUGUUGCUGAGUUAAUUGUGGUAAUGGCCUCCCAGGGCUAUAUCAUGGAACGCAGUUGUGGAGAGUUGUUUCUGGAGUUCCUUGUAGAACAGUGUACCAUUAAAGAAAAAGAAGUCACACGGUACCAAAAACAGCAAAAGAAAGCAACAGGUUUUCUAAAAUUUGAUUUUACCAAAACUUACAUUAGAAAUGAGGCUUCAGUGGCUGUUUUUGAGAAAGGGCUUCUUUUACUUACAAUAACUGUUCCUGAGAUAGAGACAAUUCUUUGGCCAUUUUUGUUUAAGGCUAUAAUUGAAUCAAAUUACACUCCAGCAAUGGCUACCAUUUGCAGGUGUAUUUCAGAGUUGGCAAGAGGUAGAAUUGUUUGUGGCAUUCCAUUAUUCACAGAAAUGAAAUCGCCUCCUAAUCAUUUGCCAACUAUCCAGGAGCUAUUUGCACGUUUGGUUGUGCUUUUGCACAACCUUCUGGCAAGGAAUCAACUUACUGUACACAUUCUAACUGUUUUACAUUAUUUGGCACCACUUUUCCCAAAAAAUGUUAGAGCACUUUGGGAAGAUGAAAUUCCAAGAAUGAAAGCAUACAUCAGUAAUAGACAAGAUUCGAAGGAUGAAACAUUAAUGGAGCAGGAAACAUGGGAUGACAUGAUAGUUGAUUUUUUUGCAAAAUCUUUGAAUGUAAUCAGGGAACCAAAAUGGGUUUUAUCUCUUGGAGAUGCUCUUUGUAGGCAAUACGAACUGUACAUCAGUGAUAAUGAACAUUCUGGGCUGCUACAUAGGUGUCUUGGCAUGUUACUUCAGAAGGUUGAUGACAGGGCUUAUGUUAGUGAGAAGAUAGAUUUGAUGUGCAGCAAAGCUAACAUAGCAGAUAAAGCAAACAGGAUUGGACUUGCCAAGGGCAUGGGGCUGGUUGCUGCAAAACAUAUUGAGGCAGUCUUAGAAAAGAUUAAAAAUAUGUUAGGAAAUGAAGUCCAUAAUAAAUUGCAAAGGUUUAUUAAGAGCAUCUUCAUGGACAGAGGAAGCAAAGCUGAGGCAGAUAACAUCCAAGCUACUGUAGGAUUAAUAUACAAUUAUAUAGCCAACUAUUCAGCAUCAAGUCUGAUUGAAGGCAGAAUUAAUGCAGUUGUGAACAAAGAUGCAUUCAAGGCUUCUUCAUGUGCCAAUACAUAAUCAAAGUACAAAGUCAUUACUACAAUUGGUUUGUGUAUGCAUUCUGUUAUCAAGGCAUUAGAAUUGUUGCUUCACUUCCACUACAAAAGGGAGAUCAGAUAUUAGACUUGCCCAACCUGUCUAUACUUUGCUAGGUCCUAUAGACCACUUUCGUCUACAUGAUGCUAAAAAUCAUUAUUAUCGUCAUAAUCAUAAUAGCAUUGACAGCUAGAUAUGUUACCACUACUUGUGCAAAAUUAUACCUGAUGGUUUCAAAGGCUAUGCAAUCUUAUUAAGUACUCUGAGAUUAUUUUUUCAGAAUAUCCAUUGCUUUAGAUUGUUAUAUUCUAAUUUCAA